CUCUUUGAUGCCUUUUUUAAAUUUUUCUUUCUUUGAAAUAUAUUGAAUACUUUGUUUUCUUUUCAUCGAAAAAAGUUGUUUUUAAUAAAUUGCAAUAAGAUAUUUCAAAUUCUUAAGUGACUUAACUUUAAAAAAUAUUGCAUUCAAACACCUGUAAGCUUGAAAGAUGCAAUUAGAUCCAGUUCGAGAAGUGAAGGGUGGAGAGGCCAUCAUGGCUCCGGGCAUUUCAGGGGUGCCGUUGCUGGGAGAUCCCCCUGGGAUCUACAUCACUCCUGCUUCCCAGUACAGGCAGUGGAACACAGGAUAUAAUGUAGAUUACUCCAACACGAACGAAGGCCCGGGUCUGUGUGCACUCCUGAUCACUUGUUUCUCCUACCUCAUCAUCAUCAUCACUUUCCCCGUUUCAUUGCUGUUCUGCGUAAAGGUGGUCCAGGAGUACGAGCGCGCGGUGAUAUUCCGGCUGGGGCGGCUCAUGAAGGGCGGAGCCAAAGGACCGGGUAUCUUCUUCAUCAUCCCCUGCAUCGAUACCUACUGCAAAGUGGAUCUGCGAACAGUUUCUUUUGACGUUCCUCCUCAGGAGAUUCUGUCAAAGGAUUCCGUUACUGUUGCUGUAGACGCAGUGGUGUAUUACCGCAUCAGCAACGCCACUAUCGCUGUAUCCAAUGUUGAAGAUUACGGUCACUCAACUCGAUUACUGGCAGCUACCACACUAAGAAACGUUCUCGGCACAAAGAAUCUCUCGGAGAUCCUCUCGGAGCGGGAAUCCAUCAGUCAUGUGAUGCAGUCUAGCUUGGAUGAAGCGACGGACCCAUGGGGAGUCAAAGUGGAGCGUGUAGAAAUAAAAGACGUUCGUCUGCCUGUUCAGUUGCAGAGGGCCAUGGCCGCCGAAGCAGAAGCUGCGCGAGAAGCUAGAGCGAAGGUAAUCGCCGCUGAAGGUGAACAGAGGGCGUCUCGUGCUCUGAAGGAAGCUGCUGAGGUAAUCGCUGACUCGCCAUCAGCUCUGCAGCUACGAUACCUGCAAACCCUGAAUUCAAUUGCUGCAGAAAAGAACUCGACCAUCGUCUUCCCCCUGCCCAUGGAACUCUUCAGGGGUAUGCAGAAGGUCAUGUGAACCCCUCUGAACAACCCUGCUGAGGGGACCUAUCCAACUGAAAUCAGUAGCUCUAUUUGCUUGCUGAUGUGAAGAGCCUGGUCCAGUGGAUACUGCCACUUUUGCUGCAUUUUCAUAGGAUAAAGUGGACAUUUAAUCAAACAAAAGCUCGCCGUGUAACCAUUUUUUUCACGAACUGUUUGACUGAAUGAUUCAUUAUGUGGCUCUUAGAAAUCAUCAGUUAGUAGCGUUCAUAUCAGGUCUAAAAAAAUAUCCCCCUACUUAAAAGAAAGCUGAAAUAUUUAAUAUUCUAAAAUAAUUUAUUCAGUAGCAAAGAUGAUAAAGAAGCAUAACUCUGUCCAAUGAAAUACGUGCUUGCAAGUAAUGUCAUAACCAGAUAAGUGCAUUGUAAUUUAGGAAAAGAACAGUAACAUAAGGUUCUAAAAAUAAAUAGAUGGAUGUUUUUAAUAGUCAGUUAUAAUAGGUCCAAAUACAAAUGGUUCGUUUGGUCUGGAAAAUCAGCUUUAAAAGAGCUAUCAAAAAAUUUUCAAAGAUCUGCCAUCUUCAUUCAAGAAUAGAAGAAAAAAUUACGAUCUAUACUUUCAGGAAUUUAAUUAUGUUGUAUCAAAAAUCCGUAGGUUUUUUUUUUU